AUGGCUUCCACCGAAGAUGACCCAGUCAUCGCCUCGUACGAUGUCUUCCUGACCGACUCCGAUGUCUCUCGCUACGUCUUCCAAUACAUUGACCGGCCCGGCAAACACCCUUACAAUGAACGGAUGGGCCAAAAGCCGACUGCGCUGCGCAUGAAACCGAACACAGGUCUGGUGGAAGUUGAUGUUCCGAUCUUUACCCGCACGACAUAUGACGUGAGCAAAGGACUCAAAUACGGCGAUGCGAUGAAAAAGAGUCGGGUCGCUCGGGAUGGCGGCGCAUUUGGAAUGGCCGGCGGCUUUAGUACUGGUGGAGUGGGCAGUACAGGUGGCCGAGUCAAGUCCGAAGCAAACGCAUAUGUCGAGGUGCUGGAUAACAGAAAGAUGAUCGACCCAUCGGCACUGGUUCGAACACAGGCGCUUGGUGGUCGUAUUAAGCCCCAGGAAGAGGGUGAUCCGGUUCACAUGCUGGCUGCAUUCAAAGGAAGGCGGGGUGGCAAGGGCAAGAAGGAUGACGACGAUCGCCCGACCGAGGCCGAAGCACGAGCAGUUGAUGUGAAAAUCAAAGGUGCGGAAGACGGAGGUGCAAUGCUUGUUGGCAACCUGGACCUCUUGAAGAGGAUGCAAGACGAGAAAUGGAAGAAGUUUGACUGGGUUGACGCCGAGACUGAGGAAUCUUGGUAUACCUAUGAGAAUUACAUGAUGCACCAGAACCCAGAAGAGUUGCCGCAGCUUCAAUCAUUUAUCGACAGUGAGAAUUAUUUGGAUGGGAUGAGUGCUCCGCGUAUCGACCCUGCACGACCUGAAAUGACAGGAUGGGCCAUGAAACAAAAUCGGCAGCAGCAAAGAGAUGGACCCUCCGAUAGCGAGGAAGAAGUAUGA